UUUUGGUAUUUAUUCAUUUGCGGUCGCCAUCUUGUAAAUUCGAAAGGUGAAGAACAUCUGCCGACUGUCUGCCGAAUGGAAAUAGGGAUUGGAGCCGCAAAAUCUUCGCCGAAUUUGCCUUCCAGUUGCUUCCAGCUUUCACCUUCGUGAGGACAUUUGGAUGGAUCCAAGAAGCACCUGGUACCAGCCCGAGCAACUUGGACCCGCAACGGAACUUUGGACGAACAUUUUCAACAGCGCUACCCGGAGUCUUCGGGACCUUCAAAUGGGCGACGGCAAAUCGGCCAAUGGCGAUGGGAAUGUGCACGAUAACGAUGCCAGAACUCGUACCCUCCCCUCUCGGGACACCCAGGAUUUUAUCCCUUUGCACGGGGACUCCGGGGUCGAUUUGGCCACGAAACGUUCAGCCGUGAAUCACGGCUACCACAACGGGGAAAGGACUAACGUGAGCAGCAAUAAUUUGUUCAACAAGCGGCGGAAAGACAAUCUAGCCAGCACCUACGACUGGAACAGUUCGGGCAAGGUUCGAGACGGCGGAACGCCGUGGUGGUCAAGGCGAAAUGUUGGCAAUCAACUCGGGUCACCGUACCCGGACUUGACUAACCACAAUGUCGGACUUGGACUGAGUCGUGAGAUUCACGAUUUCUACUUGUUCAUGUUACCCCGCGCCGAGGAGCAUCUCAUGCGAAGAGAAGUGGUGCAGAGAAUAGAAGGCAUCGUCAAGAACAUCUGGCCAGAGGCUCGGGUGGAAAUCUAUGGCAGCUACCGGACAAUGCUGUAUCUUCCCACCAGUGAUAUCGACCUGGUCGUGUUUGGGGACCUAGGGGAUUGCCCCUACUUCAGGAUCGGCAACGAGCUCGAGAAGAGCCACAUUGCCGAGAUGGGCUCCAUCAAAGUGUUGGACAAAGCGUCGGUACCCAUCGUGAAGCUGACGGACGACCUGACCAAGGUCAAAGUGGACAUCAGCUUCAACAUGCGGUCGGGCAUCGCCUGCGCCAAGCUGAUCGAGGACUUCAUCCGUCAGUAUCCGCGCCUGCCGUACCUGGUCUUUGUCCUGAAGCAGUUCCUGCUCCAGCGAGAUCUGAACGAGGUCUGGACUGGUGGCAUCAGCUCCUACAGCCUGAUCCUCUUGGCAGUCAGCUUCCUCCAGAUGCACGUGCAGCCAGAGCCGAUCAACCUCGGAGUGCAGCUCAUCGAGUUCUUCGAGCUGUACGGCGUCAACUUCAACUACUUCAAGACGGGGAUCAGCGUGAUGGAUGGCGGUUGCUACUUCUCCAAGGACGAUGCUCGAGGCAAGAUGACCCAGGGCUACGGGACCUCCUUGCUCUGCAUUGAGGAUCCAUUGAAUCCCGGGGCUGACAUUUGCAAGAACUCGUACGGUUUCCUGGAGGUCCGCAAGGCCUUUGGCUAUGCAUACAGUGUCUUGAAGCAAGGCUUGUUGAAUCAACUAGACCAGGAGGAAUGUAUGAACAGCAUCCUUGGUCGUAUCGUCCGCAUCACUGACGACGUCAUCGAGUACCGGCAUUGGAUCCACAGAAACUGGGCCCACAAGGUCCCCCAGCCCAUGCUGUACCCGGGCAGCUACAUCACCCAUCACUUGCCCCCUCCCCCGAGCAUGGUAUCCUCGUCCAGGUACUGGGGCGGCAGUACCGCCCCCCUUCCCCUGAUGAACACCACCCUGGACAACGGUACCGUGGACAAUGCUGUGGACGAAACGGGUGGGGAAACCGCUGAGGAUACCAGUAACGCCAACACCGAGGUGGGGCUGAUCGGGCACGGUGGUACCGAGUCGGAGUUGAAUUCUCUUCAGUCAUCCAUGUCAACGCCGGAUGCUUUGUCAAGUGCUAGUGAUACAGAUUCUGACCUGUCAUCACAAGUGUCUGGUUCUUCCAAGGAAAGCAGAGACAACAGUCCAGACCUGCGCAAGCCAGUGGACUCACUUCCAGUUCUUCCAACGUCAGAGGAAGCUCCCCCAACACCGCAGCAACACAGUGAAGACGGCGUCAAGAAGGCAGACAAGUCCAAUCCGGCGAAGGAAAAGGACAGCAGAACAGUCAAGACAGAACCUGUUGCUGUCUCGAACCAGCCUGCGGCUGAAUCAAAGCCACAAAAGGAGGAAGCUCCGUCUAAGAUCUCGGUGUCUAAGGAGAAGGUGGCUGCCAAGGAUGACACAAGCAAGCAGUCACCGACGACGCAGCAACAAUCACACCGGACUACCCCCAAUAUGGUCACAUCAAGGACGUACCGUAACAGUAACCACCAGCCCAGCUAUCAACAAGGUAGUAAAUACCGCAGUAGUAGUGCUGGUGGAAGCAGUAAUAAUACCCACGGUGGCAGCGGCGGGAUUCACGGUGGCAGCGGUGGGAUCCACUCUGGGAGCAUGCAUCAAACCAAUGGCACCAGUAGCAACAGCAACAACAACCGCGGCAGCAACAACAACAACAACGUCAAAAGUAAGAAAUUCAAGCACAAGACCCGGCGCGAUGCCAACUCCAAUUCCGUGCGUUGACGGGUUGGAUGUGAUUGCACACUUCACUUUCAAGAGGAUUUGAUGUUCAAGACCGGAAGAGAAAGAUCUCAAUCAAGCUUGAGGGAAUACACACUAGACAAGCCAAGACCCUGCAUUGCUAAUAUCGCUGCCUUCCUCAGCCGUGGCAGGAACGGCGCCUGAUGAUUUUACUGCAGCAGGUGUAUCAAUAAAAGGUCCUCUUGGUAAACUUGGUGAGACCAAAAUUGCUUAGGCGAAAAAAUCAAAAAGAUUUCUUUUGUCGUGUAAACUUGUUGGGAUUCCUGUAGAAACGUUUUUCAAAUGGUUUCCCCGGAAGCUCUUUGAGUUGCCUGUUAAUUGAAAUAACCAUGAAAGCCACAUCACCGCCUUAAUGUACAUUUUUAUUACUAUAACCAUUUUAUUCUCUUGUCUAUAGACAUCUCAACGCCCGUACUGGAACAACUUCCAACGAAACGACAACUAGACAAAAACCGUAUCAGACUGUAUAUUUUUGUAACCGGGUGCAAUAAGCCGAUUGUACAUUGUAACUAUCUGACUUUAUUUAUGCAUCACUGUCUAUGCAACAAUUGAAGUACUUGUUGCACUCUUAAAAAAAAAAAUUCAGUUGUACCAAAAAAAAUAAACCAAAAAAAGAAGGAAAAAAGACGAAUAUCAACGAACAUCAAUAAGGUGCUGCCAUGAUUGUAAAUAGGAAAGUGGCACAAUGAUUUGGACACAAAGUGUCUUGAUAAAAGCUCUUGGAUCUUUCUUGGAUAAAAAAAAAAAAUAGAAGGGACGGGAAGCUUUGUAAAAUUAAAGGAUAUAUUUUUAGAAAUGUUGAUUUUACUUUUUGAUUUUUGUUUUUAAUGUUAAACAAUCGUCGUAGCGUGCUUGUGCUGCCCGGCAGUGCUGUACUUGUUCGUAGGCCAAACUCUGCCGAUGAGGUACUUCUCGAAUUCUCUGGUGGUGAAUGGACGUUUCUACCCCUCCAUUCACUUUAAUUUGGAGAGAAACCGAUAGUGUCAUCAGUUUUGAGUAGCUUUUUUUUCCAAGGAAUUCCUUUUCCAGAAGGAGUUUGUAAAAUGUUUAUUUCAUCAUGUAUUAGGACAGGGUAAUUUUAAAAAAAAAAAGACAUCUGUUAAAAAAAAAUGACCGUAGAUAUUUUUUGUUUUUGAGUUAUUACUUUUUUUUUUAUUGAAUCUACAGGCAAAAAAAGAAAGCAUGUUUCCAAGGAAACUAGGCUAAGAUAACUGCAAAUUGAUGUCUUCUUUGAUGAAUACUAAAGCAUUUUGCAUAAACCAUAUAAGUAGUUCAAGCGUUGCAUUUUUUUUUACCUAUGCAUGUGAUUGAGUUUGAAAACAGUAAAUAUUUAGAAUUGAUCACACUUUACUGCACUGUAAAGUACUGCUGCAUAAAACUUGCGCCAAGCCAUGGACUGAAAUAGUCUGGAUUGAAUUGACUAAAGAUGAGAACAUGAGCUCUUUGGAGCGAAAAUUAUAGUAAGUUUGACAUCUGAUAUUUUUUUAUUAAACCUCGGGGCGGUCAAAGUCAGCUAGCUUUUGAUGUCAAUUUUAUCUUUCGCUUAGUUGGUCAACCUCGGUCAUAAUUAGCAUGUCGUCAAGCGCGUUUGCUGACAAUCUAAAUGAACUUUCUCGUAGAAUGGUUUGAGGUUGAUCGUGCAGUGGUAGGAAGAAGUAUUCAAGAAGGAAUUCCAGAGUUAUGUAGAGGGCAUUUGAACCCGUAACCUCUCGUUAUUGAAGCAGUAUGUUAGUGUAACAUGACCAACAAUCUACGGUUUCCCUCCGCACGUUGUGAUGAAGUUGAGACCACUAGAAAGGAAUUCCAGUGUUGAUAAGAGAGGGUUCGAACCCGUAACCUCUCAUUACUGGAGCAGUACAACAUGAUCAACAAAUCAACAAAUCAACAUGAUCAACAAAUCACGGUUGCCCUUCACUGAUGUCACAUGAUGUGAUGAAGUUGAGACCACUAGAAAGGAUUUCAGAUUUGAUAAGAGAGAGUUCGAACCCGUAACCACUCAUUAUUGGAGCAGUACGUUAGUUCAACAUUGCUAACAAAAUACAGUUUCCCUUAGCUUGAUGUGAUGAAGUUGCGACCACUAGAAAGGAUUUCAGAUUUGAUAAAGAGAGGGUUCGAACCCGUAACCUCUCGUUAUUGGAUCAGUACCUCAGCUCAACGUUAGGUUCCCUUAGCUUGAGGUACUGAAGUUGAGACCACUAGAAAGGCGUUGAUAAGGGAGGAUUCGAACACGUUACCCGUUAACAGUCGCGUUAGUUCCGUACUGCACAACUGGAAAUGAGCGUACACAUAUUUGUACUUAAAAUACUCAGGUAUGCAUUAAUUUAUUUCGUUAAUUAAAAAAAUGUCUUCUGCUGUUACUUAGGAAUAACAAUGAAUACACGUACAUGUAUGAGACAGAUCGCAUAUCUUUAAACACUAAAACUCUAUUCCUAAAAACGGAUACAGAUUUUAGAUUUGCAUCCAAUUUCAAUCACCAAUGUUAUCUUUUCUGAUUAGGAUAUUGGCACUCAUAGUUUCUACCAACAAAAUUUGAUGCACAGUCAUGCUGUUAAAAUACAUAUUAAAGAAAUGUACUCUUGUGACCCAUAAAAAAAAAAAAUUAAAAUUAAAUUAAAGACAUUAAACAAGGCAGCGUUAAGAAUAUUUUUUCUUUCAGAUUGGUUAAGUCUUGUAGUUUUCAGUUGAAAAUUGAUCGGCAGCAGUAGAUUAAUUUUGUCAAUAAAAUUCAGCAAUAGCGAUAAAUUAACCUUGUGACCAAUCGAGCUAAUGCUUCCACUAAAUAUACAGAUUUUUUUCAGAUCAGUUCGCAAAAAAAAAAAGUCUCUGCAUUUUUUGUGCUGAAACUAGUUUUAGUGUACAAAAACUGUAUUUAAACAAAUAUGCUCGUAAUUGAAAAUUACUGUAACAUGUUAAUUAAUGUACCGAUAUCUGACUUUUUGUGUGUGUGGUUUUUUUUUUAAUUCCUAUAAAUUCACAUGAAAAAAAAAGGGAAAAAAAGAAAAUGUGUAAAGUUAGGGUGACGUUUUUUCCUUGCUUAAGGCAAUGUCUGUUUGAAAAGCUACUUAUCUUUGGGAACAUAAGUCGGACAUUUAUGGAAUGACAUGCCUUCGUCUAAUUCCAGGGCUAAAACUUGAUAAAGAGUCUUGGUCUGUUGGUACAGUGUUUAGAACUACAUAAAACUUUCAUGUAUUUGUUUUCACCAUGCACGUUUCUCCCCCCCCCCCCCUCCCCAAUUGUGGUUUGGUUCAAGUCACGUGUUCAGUAUUUUUCCACAUCGAUUAACAACAUUCAACAAAAUCUCAUGUGCCUUCUUUUGUAUAUGUGAAAGCGUGAUGAUCAAAAUUUGAUUAUGAUGGGAGAUUUUCGCUGUUACAUUGUUGGACUUUUACUGUUUGUGUUGCUGUGAAUAUGAAAUAGAAUGAAAAGAAAACAGUUUUGAUCAAUUUUUAAAGGAAGGCAAAUGCUCAAUAGGCCUGUUUGAAAAAAAAAGUUAAAAUGAAUGCUAAAAUGUUGGGGAAAAAAUCACUAAAUACUCAAUGGAAUACUAGUAUACAAUAAUCAAUGGUAUGUUUCAAUUGUGCAUUCAGGACAAUUGUUCUUGCAUUAAAAUUGCAAUGAUCCUGACAUUUACUAUGGGAAAUUGUUCAAGAUCACUCGUCUGUUGGUCAAAUGUGACGCAUGUACCUUGUAGUACAAAAAUUGAUCUGUCAUUACUUUUAGCUUUCGAAAAUUUUGUGAACUUGCUUCAGAAUUUUUGUGCGGCAAAAAGGAGCCUUUUGUAACAUACUUGUACGUCUGACUUUUUUUUUUCCCAAUCGUGCUUUUUGAAUGUUUUGACCACAUUGCAUGAUGUAAAAUCAAACUUAUUUGAGGAAAUGUGUGUGAUUUUAAACUUAUCUGUAAAAAAAAAACACCACCACAACAUAACAGCUGUUAUUGUGUUUUCCACGGCUUAAAAUUAUUCAUCAUUUGCAGGAAUGGAACUGAAUUCAGGUUUCCCGGAUAGUUUAUUCCACAUCUUGUCCAACUUGAGCAGUGAAUUUUGCAAAAAGAUGUUAGAUUUUGCCAGUGGGUACAUGCAUGUCAUUUUUGUUGUCGUUACGAAAAUGUUUGCAUUAUGUAAUAUUUCUUUCACAUUUUCCCCCCACAAUUUUAUUCUAAUUUUUUUAAUUGUGUAAGUUGCUUAAAAAACAACAACAAAAAGUAGUCAUUCUUCAUAUACUGUUAUACACUGAAUUGAGAGGAACGAAAAAACACAUACAUGUACAUGCACAUGUAAAAAACUGAUUCUGUCUGAAUUAGUUGUACAUUUGUAUAUGAAUAUCUGUACAGUUCUAUAACUCUCUAUGGCAGGUUUUGCCUGUUUAUUUAGGGUUACAAAUAUGUUUCAGUUUUGAGCUGUAUUCUGUUGAUUCUCGAUUCUGUAUCGAGAGGGGAAGGAUUUAUCUUUUGAGUGUAACCAUACACAUUCAAUGAACGAUACAUUGCUGAAAAGUGGCAAUUUCACAGUAGACCCAAAAUAAUUUGACAGAAAUUAUGUAUGGGAAAUACAUGUAGCUUCAUUGACACAAUCCCAGUAUUUGGUCAAGUACAGAUUUUAACAUUUUUAAAAAGUAUGAUGUAAAUUUUCUUUGUUUGUUAACUGCUGUAUAUUUCUCUUGACGUGUUCACGCUGAAAAAAAAAACCACAAAAUUUA